ACGAGUUAAUUUAUUUUAUAAACAUGUACGGUUAUCGGUUACUGUUUGAAUCACUUUAUGAAGCAAUAAUAGCCAACAUUGUCCUGGUACCAGCUUCUCCAAAGGAAGAAUCUGCUGAUGAAUAUUUAUUUCAGUUUUGUUCCAUUUUAAAUUGAGUGUCUUUAGGUUCUGGUCUGUUAGACAAACUCUAUUUAAAAGUGUCUCUUUGGGAACUGGUGAUGGGCUAAUUAUUUAUCUAAACAUGCAAAUUAAUAUCCAAUCACAGAAUGGUAAAUACCAAACAACAUAUACCGGUGUAGUUGACAGUUUAAGAUGUCAGAUGGAAUUGAAAGCAAGCUUGUAUGUGCUGGUACUUAACAACUCAAUAGUAGUCUUCUGAAGAAACUAAAAGUACCGUACAUCCUUAUCUUUUAUAACUAAUAGUUAAUAACCAUGUGCUAGAGUUUUUAACAUUGAAAGCUAACGCAGUGCAAAUAUCUUAAAUAUAAUAUAUCAACAGGUAUAUAGGCAGCACGAACACCAAACUAUCAAGGUGUAUGGCUACUUAAAGCCUCAAGAACAUAUAAAUGAACAAUACACUUGUUAAGUGAAGUACGAGACAUCAUAUUCAGUAAUUCAACUUUUGAAACGAAAAUGUUUUUAUCUGGUGGUUCUGGAUUUUUCAGUGAGGGAGGAGUAGUAGAUGUAAUUUUAAUGCGGUAAUUUAAAUUUUUUGUGAAAAAUAAAACAUUAUUCAAAGCAGAGUAUUUACAUAUGUCUUAAAAACCGCAUUGAAGGGGAUCUGUAAUUAAAUUACUGAAUAAAUGUUCAAAAACUACAUGAGAAUCCUGGCACUGUCCUCGUGUGACGUUUACGGAAAUGCCUCAGCCUCUCUCGCGAUACUUUGGUACAGACGUGGGAUUUUGUAAAUUAAGGGUUGUGGCUGAGAGAGGGUGACACAACAGGAAUUCCUUAAUAUGAGUGAUGACAAACCUUUCCAAUGUACUGCUCCUGGGUGUGGACAGAGAUUCACAAAUGAGGACCACUUGGCUGUCCACAAGCACAAACAUGAGAUGACCCUGAAGUUUGGCCCUGCGAGGAACGACAGUGCCAUCAUUGCUGACCAAACACCGACACCUACCCGCUUUUUGAAGAACUGCGAGGAGGUCGGACUCUUCAAUGAACUUGCAAGUCCGUUCGACCACGACUUCAAGAGAGCGAGUGAAUAUGACAUUAAAAGGUUACCAUUGGAUUUGUCACCUCUUGCGACGCCUAUCAUCCGCAAUAAAACUGAGGCGCUCACAGCUAUGGAGGCACAUCGAGACAGCCCACUGCCUCACCCCGAAUCUACCACCAACGAUGACAAGGAUUUAUCUUUGCAGCCAGCCUCACUGCCAACAUCCACUAUAGUCCAUCCUGCAUCCCUCCAAGUUCCCAAUGUACUUCUAGCAACCUCAGAGGCUAAUGUUGUAAUACAGCAAGCUCUCCCAUCACCAACAUCUAGCUCUGUUAUUACCCAAGUCCCAUCCACUAAUAGGCCUAUAGUCCCGGUGUCUGGCACCUUCCCUGUGCUCUUACAGCUGCCUAAUGGUCAGACCAUGCCGGUUGCUAUACCUGCGUCUAUUGCAACCUCAAGUGUACAUAUCCCAACUACGAUCCCUCUUGUCAGACCUGUCACCAUAGUGCCUAACGUCCCCGGGAUCCCAGGACCUCCCUCGCCACAGCCACAGCCCGCCCAAUCAGAAGCGAAGCUGAAACUGAAAAUCACGUUAAGCCAGCAGCUUCCUCAGGUAACCAACAGAAAUGCUGUUGAAGUCCAGAGCAGCGCCGUGACCCACACCGCUGCUCCCACUUCUCCUGCUCCGACCCGAGCCCCGACUCCAGCCCCCAUCGCGGUCCUAACUCCUCCUCACCUGCCCACGACUGAGGAGCCUUCCCCCCAUUCCCUUCAGCAGCCAGCCACCUCCACCACAGAGACACCUGCUUCUCCAGCGCCCCCUGCGCCAAACCCCCCAAGCACCGGGGGUCGCCGGCGCAGAACCACAAGUGAAAACCCCGAUGAGAAGCGGCGCAAGUUUCUGGAGCGUAACAGGGCUGCAGCCUCUCGCUGUAGGCAGAAGAGGAAAGUGUGGGUCUCGUCUCUGGAGAGGAAGGCUGAUGAUCUCAACUCUAUGAACGGACAACUACAGAGUGAAGUCUCCCUGCUGAGAAACGAAGUGGCUCAGCUGAAGCAGCUUCUUCUGGCUCAUAAAGAUUGCCCUGUAACCGCCAUGCAGAAGAAAUCUGGCUAUCACAUCUCUGACAAGGACGAGAGCUGCGAGGAGAUGUCUGUCCCCGGCAGCCCCCAGAACGAGGCCAUCCAGCACAGCUCCGUCAGCACCUCGAACGGGGUCAGCUCCUCCUCCGCAACCUCAGCCGCCUCGGCCUCGUCCAGCGGCACCGCCACUACAUCCAACCAGAGCACAGAGGAGACCCGGUCUCAGCCUUCGGGGAGUUGAUCGUCCCCAAACUGUGCCUGAGCGCCGGCGCUGGAGCGCUGUUGCCUCAGAGGAAAGGGAUUCUCUCUCAUCUUUAGUUUGGACUCUGCUGUUUUCAAUUUGUUUAUGUUCGGUCCAUUUUGCUUUUUUGAAAAUGCAAACGUUUUCUCUGGAAUUGAUGAAGACAAAAGAACAGGCACUUUAGGUGUGAUUUAUUUAUUAUUAUUUAUUAUUUAAAAUAAGGUUUGAUCAGUGAAUUGUUAGACCUCACCAAAGUGUAUCGUUGUUCAUUUGUAACUAGUUUGCUUGUUUGUUUUCAUGACUUGAAAUAAGCACUAUCUUUAUGAUGAAGUUAAAUAAAGAGGAGUCACUUUUUUCAUCAUUUGCUUUUCACAUUUUGCACAUUUUGAGAGACGACGGGUUUACCUUUUUAAGAGUUUUGACAGCUCACAUGUUAAGUACUGGCAGCUUUUUAGAAGUCGAUUUAAAUACACAAAUGUAAACGGCCGAAUCGGAUUUUAGACUUGACAACUUUUCUGUGAGUGAGAUCAGCUGUAGUCGCAUCGUGUAGUUUGAAUGUUCGAGCUCACCUCUGCUUGUAACACUAGUCUUAAGGACGUGAGCUUUUUAGAAACGUGUGUUAUUUCAUCAACAUUCCACCUGUAGUCCGAUUGUUCCUCAAGCAGUGAUUGUAGGAUUGCAGUACCUUUUCCAUUACUCAAUCUCUGUGAUGUGGACUUCAUUCAGUGCCAUUAAUGUUUUUGUAUGAAUUACUUCUGUACAUUUUUAAUGCCGAUUAGCUUGAGUUGACAGUUGUUCUCUCAGAUUAAAGGUCUCAUGAGACGUAGUUUCUCAGUAAGGAAGUAUCUUGUUGUAUACUGUCUUUGCUUUAAAAGUGACUGUUUAUGACUUUAAUGCAGAAGAACAUUAUGUUGUUUUCACGAUUGUAAAUCCUCAAUGACGUUUUUAGAAAACCUUGUAAGUAACAUCAGUGAUAUGUGAUCUUUCUGGGUGUUAUGUACUUUGGUUUCAGUAGCUGAGCCCUGUUGAACUCUGUGAACAAUGUUUCAGUCAUUAGGAUAGGCCUCUUCCUGACUCCAUAUCUCGUCAUGUGAAGUUAAAGCAUUCGGAUGUGAACUGGGAUCACAUCGUGUAUCUUAGAGUAACACUACUACCGCCUGUAAGAAUUGUGAGCAUUUCAUCAUUGAAAUAAUUGUAGGAAGCAAAUCAAACCAUGAAGUCAAUUUGCCUUUUCUCUUAGUCUGUGCUGGCUUACUACUGUGUAGUUCUAUGAGAAGCCAACGCAUUGUUUUCUUAAAGUAUGAUUUUUUUGAAAAUGUAUUUUUAUUUAACUGUUAUGUGCUAUCUGCAUGAGGUAAUAAUUCUCUGCGAGAAUUUAACUGUUUCUUGGAUAAUGUCUCGUUCAGAUAAAUAUCAUCAGACAAGUUGUAGUUCUAAGUUCAUGAAAGCUUUGGUUCGUUUUCUUUACCAUGGCCUAACUGCUAAAAAAGGAAUGUGGUACUGUGUUGAAAGUGUACCUGUAACAUGAGAAAGUUCUGUAUACAAAUUUUAAUUGAUAAGUUGUUGUAAUAAACCU